AUGGGUCGCGUUCGUACCAAGACAGUCAAGAAGUCCGCCAAGGUCAUCAUUGAGCGGUACUACCCCAAGUUGACCCUGGACUUCGAGACCAACAAGAGAAUCUGCGAUGAGAUCGCCAUCAUUGCCUCGAAGCGUCUCCGCAACAAGAUUGCCGGUUACACUACGCAUUUAAUGAAGCGUAUUCAGCGUGGUCCUGUCCGCGGUAUCUCCUUCAAGCUGCAAGAAGAAGAGAGAGAGCGUAAGGAUCAAUACGUCCCCGAAGUCUCUGCCCUCGACUUCACUGUCAACACCGAGAGCGGACAACUCGAUGUCGAUGCCGAGACAAAGGAUCUCCUCAAGAGCCUUGGUUUCGAUUCUAUCCCAGUCAAUGUCGUCCCUGUCGCACAACAACAGACCGUCGAGCGCCCUCGUCGCUUCGGAGACCGCCCUCCACGAAACUAAGCUUUGGAUUUUUGGGAACGUGGUUAAAAUGGACUCGCAAGGAUC